AAAACUAUGAAUUCGCCUUAACCAUGAUUUAUCCUUUUUAGAACAACUGUGAAAAUCUCCAAACAUCAAUGCAAUUCUCCUUAGACUUUAAUGUCAGAAAUAAUUAAAUUGUUUCGAAUUUAAAAAAUGCACGCACGUAAAAACUGCUGUGGGCAAAAAAUUAUUUUUUCACACAUACAUCCUGCAUAAAAUGACUUGCUCAAAAAUCAGACGCGAGCUCAAGUGUAAAUUUCCACCAUGUCCAUGUGAAAAGUGCUCGAAAUUUCGCGGUGAUAAUGGCAUCGGUCCAAAUUCGACAAACAGUUGUUCUGAUAUUCCACCAGGGCGGCCAAUUCCGAAAUAUAAAUUUCAGUGCAAAUGCCCUUAUGAACCGGAAAUAAUUGGCCCAAAAUAUGAAAGAAAAUGUCCACCACCGCCGCCGAUACGGACGCAGUUCAGACGAAGCAGCGAUCCCAAAGGAAAUUGCCCGGAAGAUGAUUGUAAUACGGGCAAAGGUUGUUGCAAUACCGGACGCAAUUUUCUUACUUUCAUGAUAAACCUGAUCGGUUUUGUUGCAUUGGUAAUUAUAUGGGCUAUUGCAUUUUGGCUUUGCGUGUUUCAAUGGACAGUUAUCUUAAGCUUCAAAGUUUAUAAUUCAGACAGGACCACACAAGUCGCAGUUGCGAUUGUAAUUAUUAUACUAUUCCUACUGAUUCUGUAUUCUGCCACAUUGAGAGCAAUUAGAAGGGCUUUUUCUAAGCCAAAAGUAGGCAAGCUGCCACCCGCACGUGCACCUUCUCUGUCUCCGCAAAAAUCACCAAAAAAAGAAGAAACUUCCAGUAUGUUUUCUUGGAACUGGAGUCGAACGAAAGAAAGCACAAAACCUCAUACAUUCUGGUUGCCUUCGUUUAGACGGGAUACUGUACAAAAAAACGAUCAAAUGUCUUCCUCUUGGAUGUCUUUUUUUACUUGGGUUCGAUCGAAAAAAACAGAGGCGAAGCCAGAAACACACUUCUCUUGGAUGCCUUCAUUCAAAUGGACACAAUCCAAGCAGAAAGAACUUAAGAAGCCUGAGGCGCGCUCUUCUUGGAUUUCUUUGAUUAAAUGGCAUCAGAAAGAAAUUGAGCCGCCAACAAAACAGUCCUCUUGGGUGACUUCAUUCAGAUGGACACAAUCCAAGCAGAAACAAGUUCAGAAGCCUGAGGCGCGCUCUUCUUGGAUUUCUUUGAUUAAAUGGCAUCAGAAAGAAAUUGAGCCACCACCAAAACAAUCCUCUUGGCUGACUUCAUUUUCAUGGUUUCAUUCAACGACGAAAGCAACGGACAAUUUACUCAGGAAACAUGAAACUCAUACCAUUUGGUCACCCUGGACAUUUGAUUGGUGCCAUUGUGCCUCGUACAAGAAAGAGAGUUCUUCCUCAUGGAUGCCAUCGUUUAUGUGGGGUCAGUCAGCGCCUAAUAAGAAGACUCCUAGUAAAACAGCUUGCAACAGAUCGCCUGACGAAAUGAAAAAACAAAAAGUUACUGUUACCAUAACCGAUGAAGAGGCACGUCAAAUUUUCAAACAGUCGAAACUGUAUGCGAUACCAACAGAAAUGAAACAACCGCCGGCCUUGAUAAUCUAUUUAAGAGAUUUGAUACAAAGGAACACUGAUUAA